CUUGUUAUCCUUGCUCACGGGGUGACUGCAGCUCCUCUUUCUUAACCAAAAAACAGUUCUAACAAACUGUCAGGAGGUGUAAAAUUGUGAUGGAAUCUUGAUCUUGUGGUUAUAGCCCAUCUCUGUGCACCAGUAGACUUAAACCAGGUAUCAUCAUGGUGAUACUGAUGACAACAGACUCUUGCAUACAGAGAACAUUACUUUGUAGUCAAUUAUAGUGCCCUCUAAAGAGUUUCUCAAGAAGCUUCAGUGCACUGCCAGAAUCCUGUUCUACAUGAGGUCCAUUGGGGAGCAGAUUUUCAAAGUUUGAUAACUCGCAAAUUGAUCAAUGAAACACAUGCCAUUUUUAUGGAUCUUCAGCAUGUUCCUGAUUCUGGAGGAACAGGGAGAAAGGCAAGCUUGAUAAAAUUCAGUAGAAGAUACAGAAGUGUAGUAAGGGCAUGUAUCUUGGACCUGGAAGAAAAGUCUGAUGCUAGUGAAUCUCUUGGUGAUUCAAGGUUCAAAGUUCCACCUUCUUCUGCUUCACAACGGCAGCUACUAACAGUAAUAGAGACUGUCUGGCAUCUCUGUGAGAUACUGUUUAUUGAAACAUUGCCUGGAGGAGCUGUUUUGCAUCAUUUGUUGGAGUGGGUUCAAAAUGGGCAUGCAGAGAGGUAUAUUAGAGAGGUACUACAACAUCCACAGCCUUAUGACAGCCCUUCAUAUUGGCCAGCUAUCUACUCUCUGGUUCUCCAAGGGCGUGUUAAUGAUGUGCGUGAGCUGCUUGCUCAGCAUCCUGAAAGACAAGCAGGAGAAUAUGAUGAGUUUGCAAGUAUGGAUGAACUUCUUCACAAAAUGCCCAUGUAUCAGUUGUACAUGGGACAGAGCUUGGCAGAGUUCACCAUGAAAUGGAGUCAUUGGCAACAGGAGUGUAAACAUCGUCUAGAUGAUCAAACAUACGCUGGAAACGCGCAUUUGCAAACAAUUUGUCGGGUACUUUGUGGUGAAGAACAAGUAUUUGAUGAAAUGAUAGAUUACUGCAAGACCUGGUACCAACUUCUUGUAGCCAAACUGUUAUACUGUAACCCAGCAAUCAAGUCUUUUGAUUUACAGUACCACACACAGGCUUGCAUCGACAAGUUUGAAGGAAAUGGAAGUUUGCACAGUUUUGACAGAAUCCUGCUGUCAGCUUUUGAGUUUGAUGUGUACGAUGUGAUCAAGAAAAGCAGCGAGGCUCUUGGAAACUGGUGGUUUGUUGCCCAUCUGACUGACUUACUUCAUCACUGUGGACAGCUGGAUUCUCCUCACGUCAUCAGCCACAGUAUAAGUCUGAGGGAGUUCCUAAUCCUAGAGUAUGCCGCCAGCCUCAUGUCGCAUCACAGCCUUUGGAGGGUUGCAGUGGACUACCUUUUGCAUUGUCCAGUUUACGGAAGGGCACACCUUGAAGAGUACAUUGAGCAUCUACCUCUUGAGACAGACAAGAAAGCCAUGAAAGUGCUCAGGUUGUGCGAAGACGUGGAAAUGCUUGCACAAGCUCAGUCCAUUUGUAAGACUAUGAGCAUGAACGCAUUGAGGAAUGGGAGACUGGGAGCUGCUUUGGCUUGGUGUCUCAGAUCAAAGGACUCUACUUUUGCAGCUUUUAUCUCGGAAAGGUUUCUGACUGAGUACUGUAAGAGCGGGGGAUUUUCAAAUCUGGACCUGAUUGACAAUCUUGGAUCCGCCAUGCUCUUAAGCGAUCGACUAACGUUUCUUGGGAAAUAUCGCGAGUUUCAUAAGAUGUACGAAGAAGGCAAUUUUCAUGAAGCUGCCAAUUUGCUGAUUUCUUUGCUGACAUCAAAGCUCGCUCCACAAAGGUUGUGGCUGACGCUGCUAACGGAUACUUUACCUCUCCUGGAACAUAAAGAGGUGAUCUUCUCAAGCGCACAGACAUACGAACUUAUGCACUGCCUCGAAGCAAUAAGGCUCUCGUUCAGGACCAAGGAGUACCUGGACCAUCCUGACAAGGAACCAACCGAUGAGCCCUUGAUCAGAACUUUAACACAAGGUCCAGGACCACAGUCAGUUAAGAGUACUAAGGCUCAAGAAGAUGAGGAAAGAGAUAGAAUCGACUUGAUUCGCUUGGCUCUGGCGCGUAACUUGUCCAGAACUAUUUUGUGAGCUUUGUAUCGAUCGAUGAGGAGAAGACAAGAAGUACGCGUUUGGAAACAAAAUCAAGACAAAAUGAGGAGCAGGUUUUUUUGAGAGCACUAGUAUGACUGAAUUGUCCUUGGUGAAUUUCUAAAUGGUUAAGCUACACUAAAAAUAAAAAUUUAAAAAAAAGUGCCAUGAACAAGGGAGGAGUUUUGUAAUGAUAAUUUUCACUAACGUGUUAAAAUACUAUGCAUGUUUUGUAUGUUGUAUAUUAAUAUAUAUUCUGGCUUUAUGAAUAAACUGUAUGUAGUUUAGAUACUUCA